CCACGGCGACUACAUGCCCUAUGGGGCGCCGCGGCCCUCUGCGCCUGCGUCCCAAUGCGAGCAGGUGAUGGCGGCGGCCGAGGAGUUAUCAGAUUCAGACUCUGAGAGCACGGAGGAGCUGUCCCGCCUCAAAGAGGCUAUUUGGAAUGUCGGCAACUUCAGUUCUCACAAAAUAAUAGCUGAAACCGGUGAAGACAAGCAUAUUUCAGUUUCAAAUAGACCAAGUCUGAGGCGGAAAGUAGAUGAUCACCAGCAUGAUGGAAAUGAGCUGCGGACAACGCCUGAAUUUCGGUGUCAUGUUGCAAAAAAGCUGGGUGCUUUGCUAGAUAGUAUCAUCACUGUCGACAGCUCUGUGCAGUCUUCACAGCAACAAGUAGAGGAUGGUGGUGAAGAAGGCUUUCGUUUAUUCUCCACAUCUGUUCCAGGGGAUUGUGGGAAAGUAGAAUCCUUGCGUCCAGUUAAACGGAGACUUCCAUCUAGUUCAAGUGAUUCAGACAGUGAAUGGGACCGGUUGAAGGAAGCAGCAGUCACAAGUAGUGACAUACUCCAACAAAGUUCCCUCUUCAGCGUACAGUCGGAGAUAAAACAGGCUGAAAACCUCAUUGAGAAUGAAGACAAAGGAAAGAAGAGGAAAAAGAAGAAAAAGAGAAAGCUACUUAUGGAAAAUGAAGAUAACUUAGUCACAGGCAGCGAUCAGAAAGGAGUUGAACAAAUGUCUAAUGUAAAUGUAAAAGGAAAAUCAAAGCAGAUGUGCAAAGUCUUGGUGAAAGGACAGGAACAAACUGAACAGGCUGAGCUUGAAAGGAGCAAAAAGAAAAAAGUGAACCACAAAAGUGCCAGUUGUGAACUUGAAAGUGUUAAACCACACUUUUCUCAAACAAAGAGGAAAAAAGUUCCCAUAACAGAUGGGUCGUAACAGGGCAGUACAGUUCUGCGGGCUCGUAUCUUUCAAAGAACAGUUUAUUUCGAGUGACAGUUUGCAUGCUCCUUUGUUCCUCUCAUUUUGUAUACUUUUGUUUUGGCAGUUAGUUUGAAAUAACAUGACUUUCAAAAGAGGUGAGGAAGUAAUGAUUUCUUGCUUGCUGCUGUCCUACCUUUGGGAGAAUGUCUUUGUCUUUGAAUGGAGAGCUGCUAGGCUAAUUCAGCUGAACUGUGCAUAAUCAGCUGUCACUGGAGGGAAUUCACACUGUAAAAUUCGUUGUUCCAGGUAUCACCAGUUUAUCUUCUCAAAAAAUUGAUAAUUCCUUAAUUCAUUGGUUUUUGCAUUUGUUUUCGUUUGAUUUAUGUUUGGGAUUUGAGUUGCAACCAUUUCAGUUCAUCUUUGAGAUAGAACAAAUGUUCUGUUUUUAAUUCCAAUUUAUAUAUAAAAAUAUUUUUGAACCCUAUAACUAAAAUGCUGUACUAAAUUUGGUUUUUUUUAAACAAAAUUGACUAUUUUCAUUCGUAUCUCAUUAUCUAACUUUUUUGGUUUGUUUGUACCUGUUUUUGAGUUCCUUUUGGAAUGUGUUAGUGUAAGGGCAAUAUCUUGAUAGUAAUCCAUCAAGGAGUUCAGAUGAUAUCCAAAACUGCAAAAAUAAGAUUCAGCUCAUUUAUCAAACUCUUCUGAUUUACAAGCCAAGGCAAAUCUAUGCCUGUAGUAAUGUCAUUCUUUGCCAUUUUUAGCACACUGGUUUUUUUUUUUCUUGUGUGAUGACUCUUCUGGUACUUUUUCCAAAUGGUCCAAAUUCAUAUGGAAACAACUCCUAGUGGUCAGGUUUUCUAUUAAAAAAAAUUAAACAAUUAAGGUUGAGAAUCAUAUUUGAACAUCCACAUCUGCCUUAUCAUCAGGACAAAGUGAUAGCAAUUGGGAGCCAAACCUCAGCUGAUCAUUUUUUCUUAAAAUAAUUUCUCAGUAUCACAGGAUAACUUGGUAAUUUAUCAUUUCUGUUAGAGGGAGAAGGUGUUAAUGUUUUCAGCAGCCUUAAAAUUGGUUAAGUCCCUGGGGCCAAUUCAGAUGUAUUCCAGACAUAAGAAACACAUCAUCUCAUCAUCAACGUUUUCACUGGGUUCAAGUUUACAAGAAAAGAGGAAGACAACAAUCCACUUCCGUUCCUAGAUGUCAGGGUAGAACAAAUGACCAACAGGGAGUUCUAAACCCCUCGCAACCCACACUAACCAACUCCUCAAUUUCCACAGCAAUCACAGUGCCCGCAAACAAAGCUGUGUAAGGACAGUAUUCAAUAUGCCAGAUCAAAGAAGAGCACAUAUACAAGGUAUUUGCUAACAACAAAUAUCCCAACAACUUCAUCCGCAAGUGCCUACCCGAUAGACAAUGCCAAGAGGAGACAGUACACCCCAAGACACUGGCUACACUCCACUUUAUCAAGAACAUAUCAAAACUGACAAUGAGAUUCCUACAACCAUUAGGGAUCAUGGUAGCACACAAACCCACUGCCACACUAUGACAAGCACUCACAAGGACCAAAGACCCCAUACUCAUCACAUGUAGUUUACAGAAUACCUUGCAAUGACUGCAACAAACAUUACAUAGGCCAGACUGGAAGGAAACUAGCCAUCAGGAGGAUACAUGAACACCAGCUAGCAGCAAGACGACUCGACAAAUGUUCCCUCAUCUCAGUGCACUCAGGUAGUGAAGGCAGUCAAUUUAACUGGGACAGUGUGACCAUCUUGGUUCAAGCCAACCACAGACAUGCACAGGAAUUCCUAGGGACCUGGUUUUUGACCCAUAAUGCCAUCAACAAACAUGUGGAAUUAGAUCCCAAAGAGAAACCCAUGCAGAACAGAACCAGAAAUGACACAACCCAUACUAACAGAACAGAACAGGUCAUAUAAAUUCCAAGCGGAGUAGAACAACAUUGCUUCAUCAGAGGCCACACUGAUGAUAUUACCUAGCAUGGUAAUGAAACCAGCCAGCUCAGCGGGCAAGCCAACAAUCUUAUCCCAGGCUGCUGCGAGAGUCAAGGGAGAAGAUUGUAGAGGCCCUGACAUUAAUUUUUGAACCCUAUCUGGACACAGGAAAUGUGUCAGAGGAUUGAAGAACAGGUAAUGUGGUACCAACAGGUGCAAUGUUGGCAUUCAUUUCAAGAGGACUAGAAUACAAGAGCAGGCUGUAUUACUGAGGCGGUAUAGGGCUCUGCUCAGACCUCAUUUGGAAUAUUUUGAGCAGCUUUGUGCCCCAUAUCUAAGCAAAGAUGUUCUGGUCUUGGAAGAGCCCAGAAGAGAUUCACAAGAAUGAUUGUGGGAAUGAAGGGCUUGUUAUGUGAGGAGCAUUUGAAGACUCUGGGUCUGUACUUGAUGAAAUUUAGAAUGAUGAGGGGGAUUCUUAUUGAAAUUUUACAGACUACUAAGAGGCCUAGAUAGAGUGGAUGUGGAGAAGACAUUUCCAAUGAUUAGGAGAGACUAGAGCCCAAGGGUACAGCUUAAGAGUGAAGGGUCGACACUUUAGAUCUGAGACAAGGAAUUUCUUCUGUAAGAGAGUGGUGAAUCUAUGCAGAAGGCUAUGGAAGCCAAGUCAGAGUGUCUUUAAGACAGAGAUAGAUAGGUUCUUAAUUAAUAAGGAGAUCAAGGGUUGAGAAACGUUAGCCAAGGUCGAAUAAUGGAGCAGGUUCAAUGGGCUGAAUAGCCUAAUUUUGCUCCCAUAUCUUGUGGUCUUAUUUUUCAGUAAGUGUGGUAGGGAUAAACUAGGGAACUAUACAUCAGAGAAUCUAAUAUCACUCUAGGGAAACUAUUGGAAAAAAUGCUGAGGAUCAGAUUAAUUUUCAGGUGAAAAGUCAAGGGUUAAUCAAUGAUAGAUUGACUUUGCCAGGGGAGAUCCUGUCUGACAAUGUUUGAUUGAGCUUUUCAAAGAAGUAGCUAGAUUUGUGGGUGAAGGCAGUGUAGUGGAUGUAGUCUACAUGGAUUUUGGUAAGGCUUUUGACAUGGUUUCAUACAGAAGAGUGAUCUAGAAUGUAAGAACCCAGGGGAUUCAGGGCAAUUUGGCACAUUGGAUCCAAAAUUUGCUUCCAUUUGAAAGGCAGAUGAUGAUGGCUGAAGGUUGUUUUCCUAACUGGAAGUCUGUGUCCAGUUGGUACGACUGGGUUUGCUGAUGGGUCCUUUACUGUCUGUUGUGUGCAUUAAUGAAUUGGACAUGAAUGUAAAAAGUUUGGUCGGGCUGGUUAGAUAGGCAGAAUAGUGGCAGUGGAAUUUAAUGCUGAGAAGUCUGAGGUCAUGCCUUUUAGGAGGACUAUCAAGUUGGGGUAUACACAUUUAAUGGUAGGUCCCUAGGAAGUAAACAGAAUUAGAGGGAUCUAGAUGUGCACAUCCACUGGACAGGUGCAUAAGGUGAUUCGGAAGGCAUAUGGGAUACUUGCCUUUAUUAAUUGAGGUAUUUAAUGCAAGAGUAGGGAGUUGUAUGAAACAUUAGUUAUGCCACAGCUGGAAAACUGUGUGCAGUUCUGACCUCUACGCUAUAAGAAGGAUGUGAUUGCAUUAUAGAGGUUGCAGAGGAGAUUCACCAGGGCGUUGCCUGAGCUGCAGCAUUUCAACUAUGGAGAAAGGCUAGAUAGACUAUGGUGGUUUUCCUUAAUGCACAGAAGGCCAAGGGGGAAAUCUGAUUGUGGUGGACAAAAUUAUGAGUGGCACAUAGACACAGUAGAUAAGAGAGAAAUAUUUUCCCAUAGCAGAGGGAGCAAUAACCAGGAUGCACAGAUUUGGGUAAAGGGCUGGUUAUUUAGAGGGGAUUCGUGGAAGAAUGUUUUCACCCAGAGAGUGAUAGUUAUUGGAAACUCCCUGCCUGAAAGGGUGUAGAGGCAGCGACCAUCACAACAUUUGUGAAGAAUGGCCACUUGGAGUGUCAUAGCAUAUAACAUUAUGGGCCAAGUGCUGGAAGAUGUGACCACAGUAAGAAUGAUGCUCAGUGAUUGGUAUGGACACAUUAGGCUGAAGGGCUUCUCUCCAUGCUGUAAAACUUUGACUUUAUGACUCAAUGACUUAUGAGUCAACACAAAAUGGUAAGUCAUAGAUCAUCCCACUUUGUACAGUUUGCUUAGCUACAUUUAUAUCAUAAAACUUAUCAGAUGUUCUGUUAAAGUUAUGUGAAGUAGAAUAGAGGAGGCUUGUCUGAAAUAUCAACACGGCAAUAAACCAUUCUAAUCAAAUGGCCUGUUUCUGUGCUGUAAAUGUACUGAGCCACACAAGUGAAGUUUUGGAACCCAAAGAAAAUCCAUGCUGGUAAGCUACCAGAAGGGAAACAUUUGCCACUGUGCUAUCUAAAUGCUGGUUCAGUUAUUAAUUUUAAAACUAAUAUUGAUUUCCUAUUGUUGACAAAACAUAUUAAGGGAUUUAGGACAAAGCUGGGUAAGUUGUAGAUUCCUCAUGAUCUUGUUGAACGAUGGAAUAAGUUCAAGUGUCUAAAUAACCUACUCCUGUUCUUUUAAAUUCUUACUACUGUAUUGGAUAAAAUAACAUCCCUGGUACAAUUUGUCUGUUACAUUACACACACAACACCUAAAUGCUUUUACUUCCCUAUUUUUAUGGGACAUUAAAUUAUUAAAAAUGAGUUACCAGAAGUCACCAGUUGCCCAGAUUGACUGGGCCUUUAGGUAUAUCUAAUUAAAUGAUCAUUCUCUGCAUUGACCUAAUCUUUUCUUUACUAGUGCAAAACAGAAUUAAGGCAUCAAUCAUCAACAUCGUUCUUUUUGAACAACUGUGUCUCAGUUGAUUUGCGUAACAGCAGACUUAACAUAAAUUGUAUUGCCAAUGCGCGCAAUUUUUAUAUAAGCUGAAAUACUUGGAAUUUAAGUUCCUUUGUCUGGUAUUUUGAUGAAACUACUGACCCUAUAUUCACUUGGGUGAGCAGCUUUAUUAAAAUGGUACUGAUAUUCUUGUGUGUAAUUCCAGUCAAACAAUUUAGUUUUCCAUAACAUGUAUGAACUUGAAUAGUUCUGUAUUAUUUAAAUGGGGGAAGGAUUGCAGAAAGUUGCAGCACAGAGGGAUAUUUGAAUCUUUGUGCAUGGAUCAUACAAAGCAAGCAUCCAUGUUCACUGGGUAAUAGGAAGGGCAAAUGGAAUAUUGACCUUUAUUUCAAAGGGAAUGGAAUAUAAAAAUGUGGAAGUUUUUAUGAAACUAUUCAAGGCACUAAUCAGAUCAGACUUCAAAUACCUGGCCCCCUUAUCCAACGAAUGAUAUAUUGGCAUUAGGUUAAUUCCAAGUAGGGAAGAAUUUUCUUACAGGAAGAGAUUGGACUUGUACUCAUUGAAACAUUGUUGUGAUGUGGAGAAGUUGUUUCCUCUUGUUGGAGAGUCUAGGACCAGAGGGCAUAAUCUCCGUGUAAGGAGUGGUCUGCUUAAGGGAGGAAUGAGGAUUUUUUCCUCUCAGGAUGAUCAACCUGAGGAAUAGUUUACUGCAAAAGCCUAUCAAAGGUCGUUAAGUAUAUUCAAGGCUGGGAAAGAUUUUUAAUUGGUGAGGGAAUUAACGGUGAUGGGGUAAAGAAGGGUUGAGGAUUAUCAGAUCAGCUCUAAAUGCAGAGCAAGUUCAGUUGGCCACAUAGUCUACUUCUGCUAUAUGGUCAAAUGGUCUUUGGAAACGGUAAAACCUACUUUCUCUUCCUUUUCAGGAACACACAGCUAUAUAGUGCAAAGUUCUGAACUGAAAUUAAAGUAUUAUGUAGGGUGUUUGUCAUUUAGGAACCUGGGAUUUAAACCCUAGUCACUGUUCGAGGUAGUAGUGACAGAGUGACUGGUUUCUGUGUGUGUGUGUAGUGAGUAUUAUGGACCAGAUCAAAUGCCAUCAAAAUCUAUUAAGAAGGUAGCCUAGGCCCCAAUUUUUUUUUAUUUUAAAAGGCAAGUGUGAGGCAUUGUGUUCUGGAUACAAAUCAAUUGGCCAAAUUCUAUUGAAAUAUUUAACAAGAUUGCAUACAUGAGGAUCAAUGGUCGGCACAACAUUGUGGGCUGAAGGGCCUGUUCUGUGCUGUACUGUUCUAUGUUCUAUUAAACUUCAGUUCUAACUCUUUCUUCAAACAUAAUGUUAACAUUCAAAUUCUUCACUUUUGAUUCACAUGGAGGAAACCCACAUAAACACGGGGAGAAUGUGCAUACUCCACAGAGGCAGUUGUCUGAGGCUAGAAUCAAACCCGGGUCCCUGGCGCUGUGAGAUAGAAGAGCUAACCACUGAGCCACCGUGGGGAAGAGGGGGCAAAAGGCUGUGCAUGUGAACUGAACAGAGCUGAUCAUCAGAUUGAGCAACCAAUCUGGAAUUAAGUUCCUCAGUGCCAAUAAAAGUACUAGGUUGAAAACAUUACAAAUAAUUGCUGUUUCACCUGAAGAUGGUUUGGGGGCCUCGGCUUUGGGAAAGGAGGAGUUGAAAUUGCAGGCAUUACAUCUGUAUUUGCAUGGAAGGGAGUGGGUAUCUACAAUUUGUUUUUAUGUAUUUCCGUGUUAAAGUGAUUAGCCAGGCUAUUCUUGUACUGUGUAAACAGUGGGAGGGCAGUUAUGCGUGAAAGAAUAAAUUAAACAAAAAUACCAUCUGCUGCAUCAGAGCUGAGCCUUUUAGCACCCCUGAUCCUUAGCAUUCAAUUUAAUUUGAAUUCUCCAUGCAUUAUUACCUCCAUUAUCCAAGAAAGUUAU